UCGGACAAGUCUGAAGGGAGGGAGACACAGAGGCUGGCAAGAUGGCGGCGGCAGCGUCGCUGGGCGGGAGAAGCGGUGGUGGCGGAGGCUCUAGUGGAGCUGGCGGUGGCCCUAGUGGCGGGACAGGCAGCAGCCGCAGUGGUUUGUUGGAUAAGUGGAAGAUUGAUGAUAAGCCUGUAAAAAUUGACAAAUGGGAUGGAUCUGCUGUGAAAAACUCUUUGGAUGAUUCUGCCAAAAAGGUACUUCUGGAAAAGUACAAAUAUGUGGAAAAUUUUGGUCUAAUCGACGGUCGCCUCACCAUCUGUACCAUCUCCUGUUUCUUUGCCAUAGUGGCUUUAAUUUGGGAUUAUAUGCACCCCUUUCCAGAGUCUAAGCCAGUUCUAGCUUUGUGUGUCAUAUCCUAUUUUGUGAUGAUGGGGAUUCUGACCAUUUAUACCUCAUAUAAGGAGAAGAGCAUCUUUCUUGUGGCUCACAGGAAAGAUCCUACAGGGAUGGAUCCCGAUGAUAUUUGGCAGCUGUCCUCCAGUCUCAAAAGGUUUGAUGACAAAUACACCCUGAAGCUGACUUUCAUCAGUGGGAGAACAAAGCAGCAGCGGGAAGCCGAGUUCACCAAGUCCAUUGCUAAAUUUUUUGACCAUAGUGGGACACUGGUCAUGGAUGCAUAUGAACCUGAGAUAUCCAGGCUCCACGACAGUCUUGCUACAGAGAGAAAAACAAAGUAGCUAAUUCUAAAAGCAGCCUUCUUUGUGCUGGAUCUUGCUGAAUUACUGGGUGGGUAGGGUGAAGAAACAGAGUUUAAAAUGGGUAAAGAAAGAAUUGUUAAAAAUGUCCUUGUUUUGUCUUGACAUUUUAGUCGACUCUGGAUAAAUAGGAUUUUCCAGCACAGAUAUGAGAAGUUGUAGUUCUGAUGUCUAGCUGUAGCUUCCCUAGUCUGCUGAUUGUGUUGUUUUGAUUUGCUUUUCUAGAAAGGCAUUUUUGGUGGAAGCUAUCUAGAAUUUUUCUUUCACACCUAGUACUACUUUACAUAGUAUAGCUUUGUGCCAUGCAACAUUUGAAGACUCAAUUUUUUAAAAUUGUUAACCAGUUGCUAACUUUGUGUUAAUUCCUGUUUCAACAACUGUUUCCCUAAAGAAUUCAGGGUACAACUUGUGUAUGACAGCUUUCUGUUAACACCAUUUCUGUGGGUGUGUAUAUGUCUGACUUGGGGAAAAUUUUUUUAAAAAGCUUUUCAAUUUGUUUAAAACAGAUUUGCCUGUCACAUUUUGUGCAUUUAAUCAAUUAAAGAAACCAGUGGCAUUUUUAAUUUUA